AUGGAUACAAAGAAGCCAAGAAUGAAGAAAGAACAGCAACAAUAUUUAUUAAACUUCUUGAUGAGGAAUUCGGAAACGGUUAACAGGACUCCACAGCCCAUUGUUGAUGUUCCGGAUCCUCAUGUUAAACAAAACAUAGUCAUUGUUUUGGAUGAUGCUCAACUGCCAAAGCCCAAGCAGACGUUGAUUGUAGACGCAGUAACAGUUGAUAUACGUUCAGACACUGAAGAAGAGCCCCCGAAGGAAGCGGCUAUGGUGGACGCGUUGACACCAACGGCAAGUCACGAUGGGGCGACUGUCGUCACUUCAAUGGUGACGGACGCGUCAUCAAUACCGACAGCAUCUCGUGUUGGUCGAAUUGCGGUAGACGCGUUGAUGAUGCCAGCGGCAAAUAGGGAUCUGGCGACGAUCGGUUGCAGUCGUGAACACAUAGUGGCCUCAACCCCUGAACAGAGACUGGAGGACGGCGUGGUGCGCAACACUCCGCGCCUCGAGCGCCGCAACGUGCGUCGAGCAACGCCCCGUACACUCGUGCCGCCAGCCGAUUCAGCCACCCCGCAAGAAGAUGCCAUGAUAGCGGCUUUAAGGGAGGGAGCCCAAGCGCUGAUGGCGCUCGCCAAUGCGCAGACAGAGGCCGCUCGAGCAUUGACGAACAGUUUUAUGGAUGAAGAUGAGGAGCCCAUAAUUGUCUGUUUCAUCUGUCAUGCAAGACUCAAUCGAUGCAGAAUGUUACAACAACAGGCUAUUGAGUCAAAUGCAGUUCUGGAGCAGUUGCUUGCAGGAGGGUCCAUGUCAAUACCAAAACCGCAUGAGGCUAGAGAUGAGAUUCAGUUCACAACAAUUAAUCAUAUAGAUAUCUGGCCAGCAGAGUGUGAUUUAGAAAAUGAUAGUAAGGACGACAUUUUUAUCUUUGAAUCUGUUAAAGUUAAGGAAGAGAAAAUCGAAAAUGAGAAUUUCAAAUUUGAAGUAAACUGGAGUCAUGAAAUAGAUACUGCUGAACAACAAGAAAACUUGGAGAUUGAUGCAUUUGAAGAUCGACAUGAGGAUUCGGAGAAUGACUUGCCACUAAUUAGAUAUGGUUCAAAGAGUAUAACAGAUGACUUUGACAUAGAGGAUAUUCAACUACCGCCAGUCAAUGAACAAGAGUCAGUAGAAGUAGCGGAUGCUGAGAUUCUUCUUAUCAAACAUCUAAAUUUUCACUGUUUUGUUACAGAGGAGCGACUAGUGGCAGCGCUCUGGGAGAGGAGGGCAUUUUUGCGUGGUGGUACACCAGUGCCGAUACUGUGCCCAGGUCAGCCAGCUCUCUGGAUGGUGGUCCAGGACGAUCGAGCACAGACUUAA